AUGUUGCAUAACACUGAUUUGAAUCUUGUCUGGUUCGUGUAUAAAUUCGUUUGGCCAUUAAAUGGGUUAACUAGGCCGAGUGCGCACGCGCUGGUUACAUCAAACGGUGCAACUGUUCAAAAACGGGUUCUGAGAGCAACGUUUGCGAUAUACGGACAGGACAGUGCCGCUGCAAGCCACACGUCACGGGAAGGGCCUGCGACACAUGCGCGGAAGGCUACUGGGGCCUGGACAGAGGCGAAUGCCGGCGAUGCGAGUGCGGCGCGGGCGCAGCUGCUUGUGACCCAGUUACAGGGUUAUGCGCUUGCGCAGCUGGUGUCGGUGGUGCACGUUGUGACCGAUGUCUGUCAGGUUACUACGGGUUCAGCCCUACUGGAUGCUUGCGUGAGUAUUAGUCAAAGUUCAGAAAUGUUACAUUAUGUAAAGAUUGAUGUAUGCCCAGCGUGUUCGGAAGGCAAGGUAUGCUCCUCAGUGACUGGACGAUGUGUGUGCCCCGGACGAAGCCGCGGGCCCGGAUGCUCCCUUUGUGCUCGAGGCUACUGGGGACGAGAGCUGGGCUGCAGAUCUUGCUCGUGCGGCCCUGGUGCUGUGUCUGAGACAUGUGACAUGCAAUCCGGAGCAUGCGAAUGCAGACCUGGCUGGACGGGACGAGCAUGUGACCGCUGCGAGCGUGGCUUCUUCGGACCGCGAUGCAGACCUUGCAGGUGUAGCGAAGCUGGUACCAGGUGUUCCGAUGUGUGCGAGUGCGAUGAGAACGGAAGGUGUCCUUGUAAGGAAAACGUGGUCGGUGACAAAUGUGAUAGAUGUCUGGACGGGACGUUUGGCCUGUCGAAAACAAACCCUGUGGGGUGCACCGCUUGCUUCUGCUUCGGCCGGAGUGCUAAGUGCACCCAGGCGGAUGUCGUCAGAGCUGCCCUCCACGCUGCUACACCGUUACAUCUUACGUUACUGAGGGGUGAUAUUGCUAAUAUGGAACAGGAAUCCCUGCUGGCCGUCCAUACGCGUCACCCGGAAGCUACAGUAUCAGUCCCCUGGCCUCCAGUGCCAGUCUAUGCUGAACUAGGGGAGGUGUUCCUUGGUGACAGGGUCAUGUCGUAUGGUGGAGCUCUGCGGUUCCGCGUGGAGGAAGAAGGCGGAGAACCUCUCCCUCAACAUACUCUAUCGAGGUUUCCUCUCGUCAGUAUACAUGGUGGGUCGUUGGUGCUGGAUCAUUAUGAGCGAGUACCAGCCGUCAACGGUUCAUACGCAGUGUACCUCCACGAGUCGCUGUGGGAAGUGCGCGGGCGCAACGCGGUAGCCUCUCGCGGUGCUCUCAUGUUGGUACUCCAAGACUUACAACACGUGUUCAUUCGGGUGUCAACCAGGAUGCCGAACUAUAGAGAGCCGUUGCAUAUACUGCUACUAAACGUAUCCUUGGAGACAGCCGUAGCUGGUCUAUCACGGGGUGCCCCAGCCCCAGGUGUGGAGAUGUGCGAGUGCGGAACAGGAUUUAGUUCCGGGUCAUGUCAUAAACCUGCAGCUGGCUUUUGGCUACCACCGACACCGCCACAUCUACGACAGACAGCAGGAACUAUACUUAUUCAUCUAGAUAGUACACCGCGACAGUGCGACUGUAAUCACAGAGCUGAACUGUGCCAUCCUACUACGGGAGACUGUGUGAAUUGUACGCGAAAUACGUCCGGCAGUCAUUGCGAGAGGUGUGCAGAUGGAUACUAUGGUGUCCCAGACAGCCCCAGUGAAUGCCAACCUUGCCCUUGUCCCACACCUCAUCGGAAUCGUGCUUCUUCUUGUACCACUAGGCAUAACAGAGUUCAAUGCUAUUGUAGACCCGGUUACGCGGGCAUUGCUUGUGAAUCCUGCGCAGCUGGUUGGGUAAGGAACAGCCAAGGCGACUGCGAGCCAUGCACUUGCGAUAACCGCGGUGCGCUUGCGCAGACUUGUGACGCGCAGGCCCGGUGCCACUGUAGACCGCACGUAAGCGGAGACAAAUGUGAUCGCUGUGACUUAAGAAGACAUUAUCUAGAUGAUGGUGGAUGUAGACCAUGUGACAACUGCACCCAAACUCUCCUAGAUACAGUAGAAUUAAUGACAGUAGAGAUGCAUAGACGUGCCGAUAUUACGGAACUGACUAAAAUCCCACAACCGUUCCCCGCGUUGAGAGAGUUCGAACACAAUGCCUCCCAACUCCACAACUCCCUUCGUCAUCUAAAGACAGAUAUCGAAAAAUCUAGAAUAAUCGCAAUCACCAUGGACGAUUUAGAAGAAAUGGAACAUAAUUUGUUUACGAGGGCGCACAAUUUAAAAACAGAAGCUUCUAGAAGGGAUAAAGAAGGACAAUAUCUCAGUUUGGAGAGUAUGAGCGGUUUAGAGGAUGUACUCAAACAGAGGAGGAUGUUGGGGGAACAAGUAGCUGUGUUGGAUGACUUUGCUCGCGGGGAGAAACAUUUGAGUGCCCACAGAGCGUUGAAAGAAGCGAGGCGACUGCUGAAAAUUAUUAAAGAAAUUCGACUUAUAGAUUACAAGGCUGGGGCAACUGAUGUUUCUGAUUCGGCCAAUCUGCAGUCAACAUCAGUCCACGAAUACUCAUACAGAAUAGAGGACAUUUAUCGUCGCGUGCGCAAGAUGCAAGCCGCUCUAGAUCAGUGGGAGAAUAAAAUGGAAGAUGUAGGAAAGCUAUCGCAGACUGUGUGGAGCGCGGGAGAUGCUGUUGGGGAACUUCGUAAAACAGUAACGCCUGCUCUGAUGAGGUUAAAAGACUUGGGUUUACGCUGUCGAAUCAUGCUAGAAGAAAUCACAAAACAACAAACAAGAAACCUCACAGAUGAAGCAAAGAAAGCUAUUUCGCAAAGCAAACACUACGUCACCAAUCUUCCUCAGAUCAUAGACGAAUUACAGAGUCUAAAAUCAGCCGCCGAGGAAAAGGAAGGAAUUUUGUACAAUUUGACGCCCGCUUAUAAAAAGAAAUAUUUGGAAGCUGUUGAAAAACAUGUCGCGAUGUUGAGCGAAAAAGCAAAGGAAUAUAAAAAUCUCUUCGCGGGUACCCGUGCUGCAGCCUCGCUAGGUGUUCAGGCUGCUGGUGCGUGGGCAGCAGUUAGUAGAGCUGUAAAAGAAGCAGGAGUUGCCGCUGACGCUGCAACUGCAGCCACAGCGGAAGCCGUACAGCUAGCCAGAGGUCACCAGCCCUUAAUCGAAACUGCAAAUGCGCACUGGGCCGCUUCCGAAGACUUGAAGAGUCGUGGUAAUGCUGUACUGACUAGUGCUGAAGAGUUGGGUCGUGGCGUAGAAAGUGCAGCCCGAAGUAUUGAUUCCAUAAGCGUGGGUCUAAGAGCGCUAGGCUGGAGGGAACGAUCACUAGCAGCUGGAGCAUCCACUGCAUCAUCAGGACUUGGUGGUACUGAUAACGGCGCUCUGACAUCAUUAAAGAGUGCUAGUGAACAAGCCGAACGGGUUUUCGCUGUCUCCAGAGCUCUGUAUGAUGAAGCCGCGGAACUUAGGAGGCGAGUACGUUACCACUUGAGAAGGAAGCUUGCAGCGCUGCAGCGGCUUGGAGACACAGCACUUGGUGCUGCCGAAGAACAUGUAUCGCAAAUCCGUGGUAACACGCUUCGUGGAGCUGAAGUUUCGGAGGCCUUGGCUGCCGCAGCAGCAGCAAGGGCACGGGAGCAUUCUGCUGCUUCUGCGUCUUUAGAGCCAGCUUUAAGAUCAUUACGGGAACGCGUUGAGCGAGCUAGGCAUGCCGCAAGUACUAUCACAGUAUCAGUGCGUUCUCCGAUGGCGGGAGUGGGGUGUGCACGCGCAUAUACCAUGUGGAAUGCUCCCAGCGUCACCAGACUUUCUCUGGCUGUCAGUUUCGACGGAGACGUCAAGGACGGUACUCUCAUUUUCUUGAAAGAUCAGGACGUACCCGAACGCUACAUGCGUCUUUCGGUAGUAAACAGCAGACUACGACUGAGCUGGAACGUGGGCAGCGAAGAAGGAAUUAUCAUGCACCCGGAGCCACUGGUAUCCACCAUUGAUGAUGCAGACCAUACGGCCUAUACGAUUGAAAUUGAAAGGGUAUGGAGCACAGUGCGUCUACGCGUCGAACGUUCCGGAAACGCUGCUAUAACGUCUAGCAACAGUACAGCGGUUAUAGAUGGAGGAUUACUCAGAGUGUCUGUACUGUGGCUCGGGGAGACGGUGGCGCCACUACCAGGUUGCGUCCACGCUUUAAAAGAUGACAAUGGCGCACUGGGUCUGUGGUCCUUUAGUAAGCAGCCGAGCACUGCCCGCUGCGUUGGUUGUACUCAUAGACGCAUCAGUCAAUCUCGCGGUUCAAGCGGCUUAGUCCAGUUCAGCGGCGCAGGAUACGCCGAGGUACGUCGCUCGGGCCUCCGCCCUGCAGACCGACGUCGUUUCACUAUCUCCUUUACUUUUCGGACUAAGGAUCACAAUGCGUUGCUGUUUUUAGCCCUGGAUACAGUCAAUAACCGUUCAGUGAGCGUUUGGCUUCGUUCGUGCAGAGUGGUAUUCGCGGUACAAUAUGGCGGAUCUCUGCUUGAAAUAUCUUCGAGUAGUACGCAUUGUGAUGGGUCCGGUGCGCACGUGCAAGCAACAAGAGUCUUCAACGGUCUGGAAAGAGGCAGCCUGCGCGUAAACGGUGAGGAGACCUUGGGCUCCCCUGAUCCCCCGGUACAGAGCGCUGCGCUCCUUCCUGAUCUGCAGCAGGCCGUCUACUGGCUAGGGGGUGCCCCACCCGGGGAGCUGAUAGGUGAAAAACCCCCUUCGUUGCUGGGCUGUAUAGGAGCCUUAACAGUGGACAGAGAGGGUUAUGAUCUGCUCGAUACUCCAACGAGGCAUGGAGUCGAACCAGGAUGUUCAGCAAGGAUUCUUCGAUCAGCGAUCUUCCAAGGAGAAGGGUACAUAGAGAUGGCAACACCAGCCAUUAGAAGGAAGUCCUCUCUUGGAAUAUCAUUCAGAACUAGAUCAUCAUCAGGUCUACUGCUCUACCGAGCACCUGCUGCCGGUUCCAAUGAAGUGGAUGAUGAAGAUGAUGGCGAUGAUGGACAUUAUUUGGUGUUGGCUAUUGUCAAAGGCGAAUUAGAAGUGAUAGCGGCGGCCGGCAAAGGAGAACUGCGUAUGCGCGUUAAUGGAACGAAGCUAGACGACGGAUAUUUGCAUUCUAUCAGAUUAGUUCGAGCACAUAAACAGCUAGAAGUGUGGGUAGACGAAAAAUCUGCCGGUAGCGGAGCUUUAGUGGGCGGUGGUUUCGCGGCGAGACCUCGCGGGCUCUUCAUCGGCGGGGCUCCGCCAUCGCAUCGGUCGAGUGUCGUGGUGCUACCUGUCACUACUUUUAGUGGAACUAUCACGGACUUUAUAGUCGACGCAACAUUACUGGGGCUAGAAGAAGGCGUAAGUUGGGGGGACGUUAGAGUAGGACGAGCAGAAAGCGAAACAAGGAUGGACGCGCCAGCUGAACCUCAAGCAGAUUCUGCAGCGCUUUGCACAAAGAUGUCCUCAUAUACAGUAGAAGCAGGCGCUGUUAAAUUUGGGGACACUGUGGGGAGCUACGCGUCAUUAAAGCUGCCUCGGCAGGGGGCGAAAGCAGAGUUCGCAAUAACUCUUCAAAUAAGAACAUUUGCCGCUGAAGGACUGUUGUUCCUUAUACCGGGUUCAAAACUAAAAGCGAAGCAUUACACAGCCCUGUUACUACACGAAGGCAAGGUGCGGCUCGUGGUUCGAGGUCGAAAGAGAAAGGAAAUCUCGUUGGCUGCGACUUUAGCUGAUGGGACUUGGAGAUCUGUGACAGUGCGUAUAUCGCGCAAUCGAAUGGUUCUGUCCAGUGCGGGUGCGGCAGCAACGUCCCGUGCGCCGGCACAUUCGCGAGCCAACCGCAUCUACGUGGGCGGUUUACCCGCUGCCCAUGCGCUACCAAAUAUACCAAACGCGAUUAUACGCGCGGGAGGUUUUCGAGGGUGCAUCCGUCGUGUGGUGGUGUGUGGACGUGCAGAAGACUUGGUGAGGGAUGCACGAGCUCAUACGGCAGUGGGACAGUGCUUCCCAAGUGUAGAACGGGGGGCUUACUUCGCAGGGGAUGCAUACGCAGUGUGGUCCAGUAAAUGGUGGAGUGAGGAUUCGGAGACAGUGGAGGUGCGUCUCCAGUUCCGUUCGUUUGCUGCAAAUGGUGUCAUUCUCUCGAGUGGAGGAACUACGUUAGAGAUUAAAAAUGGGAUGGUAGUGUUGAGCAGUGGAGGCGCACGCGCCGAAUGGAAUGGCUCAGGAACUAAUGGCGGAUUGGCUUGCGACGGGGCAUGGCACUCUGUAGUGGCACGCAUAUCAACACAAGCGUUAUCGUUAUCGCUAGAUGGCGCCGGCGAGGAACGGGCGGCCACGCCCACUCUUUUUAACACGGAUACGCCCAAUUUAUUACCACUGUACAUAGCUGGAUUGCCUGAGGGAGUUAUAGACCCAACUGAGAACCGUGAGAACUUCAAGGGCUGUAUUCGCGAAGUGUCCGUCGGUGGAGUGAAGAAGGACUGGCCAGCAAUGCAGGCGUUGCAUCACGUACUUUUGGACUCUUGUCCCACCUCAUAG